CCUAGAUAUCAAAAUGGACAUUAUUUGACUGGGGCCAUUCUCCAUAAUUUUUAAUUGUAUCUCUUCACUCUGAGCGUAUUCGUUUCAACUUUGACGAAAUUCGGUCAGAUACCACUACCACCUGGCGCUGAUUGGUGUUGAUUGUGUCACCGCUACUGUUAUUCCUGUGCUCCGUCUUACUGAGAUGGCGGAUGGUUGGGACGACCCGUAUGGCAACAGCAACAAAAACUCAGGAAGCUGGCAAACAUCUGGCGCGUCAAAUUUUUUUGACCCUAAUGCUAGUCAUGGCUUCGUGCAAGAACAAAAUUUCCAGAGUUUCGACUACUCGAGCAACCCUGGCUUCGGUGCAGCUCCCUCAAACCCUGGACCUACUCCCUCAAUGUUUGUACCUGGCCCCGUGAACGACAUGGAAAGUCUGGGCGGCAUGACGGAGGAAGACGAACCUCCCUUGCUUGAAGAACUCGGCAUAGAUCCUGACGCAAUUCUACAGAAAACACUGAACGUGCUGAACCCUCGUCGCAAUACCGACCCAGCCAUGUUGCAAGACACAGAUCUCGCCGGUCCUUUGGUCUUUUGCUUGGCAUUUGGCAGCUUCUUGCUACUCGCUGGCAAAUUACAAUUUGGUGCCAUCUAUGGAGUAGGUCUGUUGGGCUGCGUAGCGUUGUACGGUCUUCUCAACCUCAUGUCAACCAACGGCGUUGCUUUGGGUGUCGUGAUCAGCGUGCUGGGCUACUGCCUAUUGCCUGUCGUAGGUCUGGCAGGCCUGAAUGUUUUACUGUCUCUGCAAGGAGCCGUAGGAGCUCUGCUUGCCACCACUGCCAUCUUCUGGUGCUCGUGGUCGGCAUCUAAGCUGUUCGUGACGGCGCUUGCCAUGCACCAUCAGCAGCCGCUGGUCGCUUACCCCUGCGCUUUGGUCUACUCGGUGUUCGCUCUCAUUACGGUCUUCUGAUGGCAAUCUCACUUUAUUUAUUUCUCAACCCUAGGCUUAAUUCAAUAUAUUUCUAUACAUUCGUAUUCUUAUUGUAUUUUUCUAUUUUGUUCAUGGUAUCAAGUUUAAACAUCCCUCUCGCCCCCAAUGUGACGUUAACAGAGAUAUUGAAUAGAUGAAAAAUGAUGGCCCAUAGUAUCGAAAAUAAAAUGUAAUCAUUUAUAAUGUCAUAAAUUUGACUAACGUGUU